UUUGUUUUCAUCAGAUGGCUAUUCAGUCGCAGUAGCGCGUUUUCAAUUCUGCUCGUGAUUCGGUCUGGUUGUUGUCAAGCAUGUCUGGUGGUUAUCCAGUUUUAGAACUCUCGGCAGAGGACCUGCGCCUAAUGCUUGCAGCUCACGUUCAUGUGGGGGAGACUAAUAUGAAUUUCCAAAUGUCAACAUACGUCCAUGGGUGUACUAAGGAUAAUUAUCACAUUAUUAAGUUGGAUAAAACAUGGGAGAAAAUCCUUCUAUCAGCUCGUGCUAUUGCAGCAAUUGAUCAUCCGACUGAUGUUUACGCAGUCGGGUCCAGGCCGUUUACUCAGCGUGCUGUAUUAAAAUUUGCGAACUACACAGGAACAACAGCAAUGGCAGGCCGCUUCACACCUGGUACUUUCACCAACCAGAAACAAUCUUGUUUCCGAGAGCCCCGCCUGUUAAUUGUCAGUGAUCCAAUAAGUGAUCACCAAGCUGUAUACGAAGCUAAUUCUGUAAAUGUCCCGCUCAUUGCAUUCUGCAAUACUGACACCCCUAUUUCACGUGUUGAUAUCGUCAUUCCAUGUAAUAACAAGUCAACGCAUUCUAUUGCCGUUGUGUGGUGGCUUCUCGCUCGUGAAGUUCGGCGCAUCCGCGGUGAAGAUACAAGGUUGCAUCAAUGGAGUGUAUUACCUGACCUGUUUCUCUAUCGCGAUCCCAACGAGGAAGAGCAAAAUGCUGAGGAAGUUGAUGAUACUAGAUUGGAACCCGCUUUGCCAGGGGCCGAUAUCGAAGCUGCAGAAACGUGGGGAGUUGAGCCAACAAUGCCUGUCGGAUCAUUAGGCGAUAUGGGGAUAGCCGCUGCUGGUUACGGUCCUGUUGGUGGGACAGCAGGUGGUUGGAGUAAUUUAGAUGCCGAUCCAACAGAAACAUGGUAGUUAAGCAAUAUAACUUAUGGAAAAGUACUUCUUGUUUUCUAUACGGAUUACCUUGUCAUUAAAUUUGUUUUGGUACGAAUUUAGUCUCUUGUCAAUUGGCCCGGUAGGUCAGGUAGACUGUGAGCAAAUUUCUACAUUUAUGUUGCCGUUUUUCAAAUAUUCGUUUCUCAGGGGCAGGUUUCCUACCGUCACUUGAACGAUUGGGAUUCACACAUCCCAAUAUACUAAAAUUCUAUAAUGAACAUUUUGAUAAGGAUUCUAUUCCUACUGAAAGUAAUAUUCAUAUAUAGUUAAAUAAAGUGCCAAUUAAUUAAAAACUACCUAGUUUUUUUCAGUGGAUCGAGUUGCAUGAGUAAAAAUGUUCAGUAUUCUAGGUGUGAGUUAAUCGCCUAUAUCUUGUUCGCUUAUCAGAUAUAAUAUCCUGUCUUAAUGUUUGACACUAAAUACUGUUUCAUGCCACACUGACUGGAAUGUGUUAUAAUUGUGCUGAGUGUUAAUUUGCACUGUUUAGUGGGGGAGUGCAUUGAAUCCAGUAAACAUUUCUGUGCUUGGUGAAAACUUGUAAAUGAAAUACAAACAUAUACCGGGAAAUCAUUAUUAUUGGAAAACCUUAUGCGCCUAAACAGUAUCAGAUGAGAUUCAAUCAUUGAUUCGUUAUUUUAUAAUUGGAUAUCAAAUUUUGCGUCUGAACAAGUGUGGCUGGCUGUGUAAGAGAUGGUUAUGUUGCUAUAACGUGCACAAACAAUAUUAUAGGUAACGACAAUACCUGUAUGAUUAAGUUUUAUUUAUAUUCAUUACUUCACAGCAUUUGUUGGGUAAAGUAGAACUUUUGGGAAUGUAAAAUCACCUUCAGAUUACACUAAAUAGAAUAUUAUUUAAAUUUCAUUAUUUUCUCCACCUAAUUUCAACAAUACGCUCAAUUCCUACCUGAUCUAUUGUUCUGAGUAAAAAGACGAAGAUGGACUUUUAAAACUAACAACUAAACAGUUUGUUCCGGUCUAACAUCACUGGUGACAACUCACCCAUGACAAUUUUCGAGAAGGCAGCAGUGUAAGAGGUUAUCUAGCGUGAAAGUCUUGAGGUUUAAUUUGUGUGGAUAGGAGUAAUAUAUAGCCUGAUACUAAUUAAUUUCCAAAUAUCAGUACAUUUAUCUCACUGGUUUUUGAACUUAACGUCGUCAACAAAAAAGCAGACCAACUUUGAACUAUAUCUAAGUACUUAAAUAAGAAGCAAGAUAAUACGUCAUACAGAACCUUAUUGCUAAAAAACAAGGAAAAGUAGUCAUUUCGACAUAACAUAUCCUUGUGCAUUUUGCUCGU